GAUCAACACACCAAGGAAACAAGGAGGUUUGGGACCAAUGAAGAUUCCUCUUCUUUCUGACCUCACUCAUCAGAUCUCCAAAGACUACGGCGUCUUUCUUGAGGAUCAGGGACACACACUCAGAGGUCUCUUCAUCAUCGAUGGUAAAGGUGUCCUCAGACAGAUCACCAUGAAUGACCUGCCGGUGGGCCGAUCCGUGGACGAGACCCUCAGACUGGUGCAGGCAUUCCAGUACACAGACAAACAUGGAGAAGUUUGUCCAGCUGGAUGGAAGCCCGGCAGUGAUACGAUUAUCCCCGACCCCGCAGGCAAACUCAAGUACUUUGAUAAACUCAACUGAGCUUAAUGUUUCACUAAAGGGGCUCUGUUUUGUUUUGUUCUGGUUUCUGCCUUCAAAAGAGCAGAAUGAAUAAAAGGGGAGUUUUGAUAAA